AAAGCUUGUCUUUUGUUUGUAGUGAAUUUCACAAUUGCAAGAGGUGUUAAGGUGGGUGUAAACAAGUUGUGCAAUCCACUUCUUUUGCCACAGGUCAUUCAAGUUGAAGGCCAUGGAGCAGAUGAUGUUGUGGCUACUCUUGUUGAUCAAGUUCUGCAAAAAGGAUACCGAGUGGUUAUUGCAUCUCCUGAUAAAGACUUCAAGCAGCUGAUUUCCGGAGAUGUCCAGAUUGUGAUGCCUGUGCCUGAGUUAGGAAGGUGGUCCUUCUACACACUAAAACACUGCAUUGCUCAAUACAAUUGUGACCCGUGUUCGGAAUUAAGCCUCAGAUGCAUCUUGGGUGAUGAUGUUGAUGGCGUUCCCGGGCUUCAACAUUUGGCUCCUGCCUUUGGUCGUAAAACUGCCAUAAAGCUCUUGAAAAAGCAUGGUUCACUCGAGAAUCUACUGAAUGCAGCGGCAGUCCGUACUGUGGGGAAACAAUAUGCACAAGAUGCACUUAAGAAGCAUGCUGAUUACCUACGUAGGAAUUACGAAGUUCUUGCACUUAAAAAGGUAAUGUCUUUACUCCUUGCCUCUCUUGGCUUUUCAAGCAUAUAUCAUACUCCUCAGUGUUGCCGGGGAUGUGAAUGUUGUUCUUCAAGAAGAAUUAUUGGUGGAGGGGAAUAGUUGCAAUGAUUCAGUGGCUUGGUCUGACUUCUUCAAGUAGCUGCAAGACAUUGAGAAGAUCUCUCACCAAAGUACACCUUAUUCUUCUAGUAGUUCGACCUCAAAAAGUGAGCUCCUAUGUUUUAUUCAAAGUAAUGACAAAUUUGGAUGGCAGCAGCUUAAUAAUAUACUCCAGUCACCCUCGCUUCUUCCCCCACCCCCCCACCCCCCCCCCCCCCCCCCCCCCCCCCCCCCCCCCCCUCUUUCCUGAGAUGCGAGGACAUUCAAGACAUAGUGAUAGGGUGACUGAGUUUGGUAAUUCACGUUGCUGACUCAACGUCAAGAGAGAGCUAUUCAGUCUCACCUCUUGAUUGUAUGCUUUUGCCCGACACGGUCGGGAUGUAUAUGUUCGAUCAAAGGUAUGACUUUGUUGUCAUCUACUCUUAUCCUCAGUUUGCAAUUACUUUAACCGUCUUUUCUCCCCAUAGACGUGAUUUUGUUAUGAACUGCGCAGGGGAGCUUGAUAGGCGACCUCUAGUUUGGGCGAGCAUCAAUUUUUAUGCCAAGAUAUUGUGAAGAAUACCCAUUGAUUAUACAUGGGCAAUUUUUCUUGGUUAGCAUGUUAACAUAAGAUUGAUUACAUACACGUAGAACUUCUCUCUUUUUUCUUUUUUCCUGGAAUCGACUCUUCUUCUAUAGUUCUUCUACUCCCUCUGGAAUAUAGAUAAAGACGACAGAACUUAUUGAAACAGAAAAUUACCAUGAUGUUAUUGAAAGCUACAAAUUGCUGACAAACAAGAACCAUAUCGGUAUACAGGAUUCACCAGUAUAUUUAGUUGA